GAUUGGUCAUCUGGAGUGUCCGUCAGCAGGCAUCUGAAGCUGACCACCAGCUGCAGGGCUCACAUUAGAGCGCGCUGGUGUGUCAUCGCGUCGCAAGAGCCAGUAAGGCACGGUGAGGAAUGUCAGGCUUAUCACUUGUGCUAAGCCAGGCCAGAGCGAGGAUGAAGAAGGCUGUCUGCGCUCCUCUCUGAUGCAGAUUCUGCCUGAACGUGCCCACUGUCAACAUGGCAAAGCGGUGGUCCGCGUUGCCCACUUCUAACAUGGCGGCGCUCAGCCCGGUCCGCUCAUUGACUCUUGUGUUCCUGGUGAUCAGCGCCUGUCCCGCGCGCUGCUUUCACGCCAGAGAGGUGGCGAUGGAGGAGGAGACUGUCAUCAUCGGCCUCAGGCUGGAGGACACGGACGACGUGUCGUUUAUGGACAGGGGCUACUUGCGCGUAAGCGAGCGCUCUCGCGUCAAGCUGCGCGUUUACGGGCAAAACAUCAACAACGAGACGUGGUCCAAGAUCGCGUUCACGGAACACGAGCGCGCCGGCGACAGCUACGGUUACGCGCCCGGUUUGCACCCCUGCAGCAUCCGCUCGAGCGACAUCAUCAUCCUUCCCACCGUGGAAGUGAACCGCAGGACGUCCGGCGUGAUCGAGAUCGACGUGAAACCGCUGCGCAAGACGGAGAAGAGCAAGGUGUACUACCUGUGCAUCGCCACGCAGGACGACGACGCGCGUAUAGAGAGCACCUGGGUGUACCACGACAGCCACGACACCAAGGUGCUGGUGGUGGAGGAGAAGAAGUUCCUGCUGCCCUUCUGGUUGCAGGUGAUCUUCAUCGCCAUGCUACUGUGCCUGUCCGGCAUGUUCAGUGGCCUCAACCUGGGACUCAUGGCACUGGACCCCAUGGAGCUCAGGAUCGUACAGAACUGCGGGACAGAGAGGGAGAAGAACUAUGCCAAGAAGAUCGAGCCUGUGCGAAGUCAGGGAAACUACCUUCUGUGUUCCCUUCUUUUGGGAAACGUUCUCGUGAACACCACUCUGACCAUUCUGCUGGACGACAUUGCAGGGUCUGGCUUGAUUGCGGUGGUGGUGUCCACCAUUGGGAUUGUCAUAUUUGGAGAGAUCGUGCCACAGGCCAUCUGUUCGAGACACGGGCUCGCUGUUGGGGCGAACACCAUAUUCUUGACUAAGUUCUUCAUGAUCCUUACGUUUCCUGCUUCUUAUCCAGUCAGUAAGCUUUUGGAUCAUGUGCUGGGGCAGGAGAUAGGGACCGUGUACAACCGAGAGAAGCUCCUUGAGAUGCUCAGGGUUACAGACCCAUAUAAUGACUUGGUGAAAGAGGAGCUCAAUAUCAUCCAGGGAGCUCUGGAGCUGAGGACUAAAACCGUAGAGGAUGUGAUGACCCCUCUUCGUGACUGCUUCAUGAUCACCGCUGAGGCCAUCCUGGACUUCAGCACCAUGUCUGAGAUCAUGGAGAGUGGCUACACUCGCAUCCCAGUUUUUGAAGGAGAGAGAUGUAACAUAGUGGAUCUGCUGUUUGUGAAGGACUUGGCAUUUGUGGAUCCAGAUGACUGCACCCCACUGAAAACCAUCACCAAGUUCUACAGUCACCCACUGCAUUUCGUCUUCAAUGAUACUAAGCUGGAUGCCAUGCUGGAGGAGUUCAAGAAAGGUAAAUCCCAUCUGGCUAUUGUCCAGCGAGUGAACAAUGAAGGGGAGGGAGACCCUUUCUACGAGGUUUUGGGCAUUGUCACAUUAGAGGAUGUCAUUGAGGAGAUCAUUAAGUCUGAGAUUCUGGAUGAGACUGAUUUGUACACUGACAACAAGACGAGAAAGAAGAUAGCUCAUCGGGAAAGGAAGCAAGAUUUCUCUGUUUUUAAGCCAACAGACAACGACCUUGGCAUCAAAAUAUCACCACAGCUUCUCCUGGCGACCCUGCGAUUCCUAGCAACUGAGGUAGAGCCGUUUGGACCUGCUCAAAUGUCAGAAAAAAUCCUCCUGCGCUUGCUCAAACAUCCCAAUGUCAUCCAAGAGCUCAAAUAUGAUGACAAGAACAAGAAAAUGUUAGAGCAUUAUCUCUUUCAUCGCAACAAGCCUGUGGAUUACUUCAUCCUCAUCCUACAGGGGAAGGUGGAGGUUGAGGCUGGCAAGGAGGGGAUGAAGUUUAAAGCAGGGCCCUUUUCCUAUUAUGGAAUGAUGGCCUUAACGUCAUCACCAGUUCCACUCUCCUUGUCUCGAACGUUCGUUGUGAGCAGGGCAGAGUCACUUGCGGGAUCUCCAGAGAAUAAGUCACCUCCACGACCUUUCGGACUGAACCACUCAGACUCUGUGAACCGCAAUGACCGCAUGGAGGCUCUCACGCCAACCCUGGGCAGCAGCAACAACCAGCUCAAUGCCUUCCUGCAGAUCUAUGUGCCGGACUACUCUGUUAGAGCAGCCUCCGAUUUGCUCUACAUUAAGGUGACACGGCAGCAGUAUCAGAACGCUCUCAUGGCAUCCCGCAUGGACAAGACACCGCAGUCUACUGACAGCGAGUUCACUAAGAUAGAGCUCACACUGACUGAACACCAGGAUGGACCAGGAGGCGAGUCAGCUUCACUGCUGAUCCAGCAGCAGAACUCCACCAGUGCACAUAAACCCAACCACAAUGCACACAGUGAUGGAGCGAUCUAAAGGAUAUCAGAGAGCUCUGUUCUGUGAGUCGUUUCUUUCCACUGAGCAGUUGGGAAGCUUUCACAAGGCAGCUUCUCCAGGAUAAAAUGAACCCUCUGAUUUUUUACUUUUUAUCACAAACUUUCCAAGGGACAGAGGGCACAGUAAAAUAUUACAUACCACACUGUGGGACAUGCUACUAUUGCGGGCAUUAGCAGAACUAGGACUGACCACCCUCCUCUUACUCACUCAGUCAGAUUCUAAUCAGAACGCACUCACAUCCGGCAAUAGAGAAACUAUAAGUCUCUCGAUAUGGCUGUAGCACUGUCCACCGUCACUUCUACUGGAAGUGGAUGAGGAAUGUAAAAUGAAAAAGUAGUGCGUUAUAAUGCAGUGUUAAUGUGAGGUCUCAUCAUCCAAUGACACACAUACUGAGUUAACAGGAGUGGGGCUCAUUUGUCAUUUGGCUGUGUGAAGAUCACAUUUUAAAAGGAACAGCAAAUCUAGUUUGGCAUUAAUCAAAGUUUUCUUACCUCAGUUCUUUGGUUAGAACAAAAGCCACGAGUGCUCUGGACUAUGUGUAAGCAAGGUAGGCAUGACGGGCAUGUUUUAAUUAACAUGAUAUGUGAUAGAGUUAAUUUAUGAGCUUAGAAAAAAAAGAGUAUAGUUAUACAUUUCUUACAAGCAAGGAUGAUAACACCCUUUUGGGAAUUAAUUUAAUUAAUUUAAUUAUUUAAAUGUGUGUUUUUAGCCUGUUCUGACCUGAUUAUUGAAAUAUUCACUGAAAUCAGGGAGAUUCAUUACAGUGUAUAAAGACCAACGCUCCUGCCUCAGUCCAGAUUGCUUCAGUAAACACAUCUGCUUCCUGAUCCUUUGUGAAGAUUCUGAGCAAGCGAGUCUGGAAGGAGGUAGCGUGGCUUUUGUGACUUUUAUAUAUUCGUACAAGGAGCUAAAACAGAACCUUUUCACUGCUCAGUUUGUGCUAGAACAUAUCAAUGCACGUGAAGAUUUAAGAACAAAUGUCAGUCAUCAUUAGAUGCAGGUGCAUACCCAUAGAAUCAGGUGUCUUCAUAUCUAUUGCAAAGCCCUAUGCAUUUUCCACAGACAUGGAAUUGGCCAAACCACUAAGCCUUUUCAUAGUCGUCAGCCAUGGAGGCCACUCACAAUAGAAUUGAGUUUCUUGACCAAAGAAGGAGUAUUAAAGUAUGAUCAACCCUUAAGUGUUAUAGACGUUUAGCUCCCCAGCAGCAUCAGAUGUCAUGUUUAUGAAAACGGCAAAGGCUGCAUGUCUUACACAUGUACAGAUGUAAGGUAUUUACAGUACAAAGACAUUCAGUAUGUUUACAUGACGGCCUUUUUCGUGUACUUUUUUACUUCACUUUUGAAAUCCGAGGUACAGUGUUGCAUUUUACACUGAGUAGACAGACUAUACGUAUAUCUUACAACGUAACUCCAGUUUUUGUAUGAAAAAUGUUGGACCAUUGUUGUUAAUACGCUUUUAAUUUGAAGUGCAUUUGUCUGAUCAUGUGUUUAAUGUAUGUUUAAAACCAUGUGAAGAAUUUCUUUUCAGUUCAAAUAAUUCUACCAUGUUUUAUGUUGCGUUUAGAAAGACAAACACUGUCAGAAUGCUUCAGUACGACAUACAUGCAACUUGCUUCAUGUCACAUCAUAACAGUCUAAAAUCUAAAUACAGAGUUCAGCAGUCCUCGCUGAAUUCAUCAUAAUGGGAAUAAGGUACUUGUAGUGCUUCCUGUUUUGAAAGAAUCAUAGUUAUUUAUUAUUUGUCUGCACCUCAGUUGGGAACAUAUUUUGGAGGGAUGUUUUUUUCCUUGAAGUUUAGUUCAGUAUUUCCGUUCAUUACACUGUAAAUGAUUCGACUCCUCAAGGGCUUCUGUUGGGUGAGUGUUCUAUUAGGCACUCUUGGGAUACAGCUGGGAUCUCAGUCUUAAGUGUUAUGUAGCAACCUGUCAGUGCAAUAGUGUUUCAGUUAUGCAGGGACAAUCAGGAAAAUAAACCCACAAAACUCAAACUCUCAAGUGCUGUUGGAAACAGGAAACAGAAACUGAACCAAGUAAUAACCAAGGACAGGAUGAAAUGUGCUACAGAUGUAUAGCAGAGCUGUUAGUUGUAGAAGGAACUCUGACUUUCUGAGAUGUUAGUGUUGAAUCCUUGAAAUACAUGUAUUGUAUAAGCAUCAAGAGGGAUCACUGAGCAUUCCUGUCACAGAGCUUAUUUUAACCAACAUGCUGUACUCCAUUUUAUACUGUAUAAGGAACAUUCUCAUUAUUUCAGAGGGUAAUGUAUCCUAAAGAUUGUAAAAUGAUUUGUCAUGGCCCAUCUUAGACAGAACAGAGGAAACUUCUUCAGAAAUGUGGUGCUCAAACGUACGGUUUGAGUCGGUCAUAUAAUGCUGCUAUUCAGAAUCUUGAAUGUCUACAGAAAUGCUGUAAAAGCAUUGAGAAUAGAGUUGUACUGUAUACUUACCAUCA